AUGGUUUCCAAAACGCGAAAGCGCUCGCGUACUAUUGUAGAGGACGAGCGCGCCGACUGCCCUUUCCAACUUCACAUUUCCUCGUUCCCGGCGGCACGCAUAAAGACGAACGAAAAGCCUUCGAAGAAUAAGACUAAGCCUGGCAAGAAGAACAAGAAUGUGAACACCAGUGAGGAGGUGACGUUGCUUCAAUCUUCACUGUUUGAGCCGACCGGCAAAUUUCGCUCCGACGCGACAAUGGGCGUUUACUACCACAUAGAACCAGGAAAGGACUGGAUCAGCAUGACGCGAUACCAUAGCUUCAUUCUGAACAAUGAGAAAUAUCUAAGUGGCGAAUUUGUCUUUGUGGCCAAUGAUAAUUGUAUAGCGCGAGGUAAACUAGGGGAAGAUCUCAAUGCGCAAGUUGGACCAUGCAAUAUCUGGGUCGCACAGAUCCUGGAGAUUCGGGCUCUGGAUGAACGCCAUGUUUAUGCACGCGUCUGCUGGAUGUACUCCCCGGAUGAGCUGCCCGAAGGGCGUCGGCCGUACCAUGGCAAGAACGAAAUCAUUGUCUCGAAUCAUCUGGAUAUUAUCAAUGUUUUGAGCAUAGUCCACCGUGCUAAGGUCAGCCAAUGGAUCGAGGCGGACGACGAGGAAAUCUUGGAUGGCUUGUAUUGGCGCCAGGCGUUCGACUGUGGCACAUCACAGCACAUCACAGCUGUCUGCUAUUGCUCUCAUUUGCAGAUGUCGAACACCCACCCACCCUGA